UUACUUCAUAUUCUCUCUCCUUUUAUCACAGAACUCUAACAAAACUUCACAUCUUCUGUUCUCUCCUUCUAAGCUCUCUCUUCAUCUCUUUCUCUCUCUUAAUCGAUUCGACUGAUGAAGAUCAGGUGCGACGUCUGCGACAAAGAAGAAGCGUCGGUGUUUUGCACCGCCGACGAAGCGUCUCUAUGCGGCGGCUGCGACCACCGAGUCCACCACGCUAACAAACUCGCUUCCAAACAUCUCCGUUUCUCUCUCCUCAAUCCUUUUUCUUCCAACAACUCCUCUCCUAUCUGUGACAUCUGUCAGGAGAAAAAAGCUCUGUUGUUUUGUCAACAAGACAGGGCUAUUUUAUGCAAAGAUUGUGAUUCAUCGAUACACUCCGCCAACGAACAAGUCAAGAAACACGAUAGGUUUCUUCUCACAGGGGUUAAGCUCUCUGCAACAUCCUCUGUGUAUAAACCUACUUCAGAAUCUUUUUCAAGCAGUCAAGAUUGUUCUGUCCCUGGACCCCGUUCUUCCAAGAAACCUCUCUCAGCUCCUCAGAGCAACAGCUCCAAGAUCCAACUUACUUCGAAGAUAGGAGGUGAUGCGGCAGUGAAUCAGUUGGGAUCCACAAGCACGAUUUCAGAGUAUUUGAUCGAUGCGUUACCUGGUUGGCACGUUGAGGACUUUCUUGAUUCCUCUCUUCCUCCUUUUGGUUUCUCUAAGAGUGGUGAUGAUGAUGGAGUGUCACUUCAAUCUAAGAAUAUGGGGCUUUGGGUCCCUCAGAUUCCACAGACUCUUCCUUCUUCAUACACAAAUCAGUACUUUUCUCAGGACAACAACAAUAUUCAGUUUGGGAUGUACAACAACAAAGAAACAUCACCAGAAGUGCAGAUGUAUGCUCCAAUACAAAACAUGAAACAACAAGGACAGAACAAGAGAUGGUAUGAUGAUGAUGGUGGCUUCACUGUCCCACAGAUUACCGCUGCUUCUAGUCAUCCUACUACUCUUCCUUCUAACAAAAGGUCCAAAUCUUUCUGGUAAUUGACAUGUGGUCUUUGUUUGGUUUUUUUCCUUUUGAUCUUCUUGAUUUUAGGGGGUUUUGUUCUCGUGUUUUAUGCAAAUGCUUUUUUCUAAUCCUAAUAAGUUUUCAUGUAAAAAUUUCCAUGACUUAUUUUGUGAAUCAUGGAGCUAGACAUUUGUGUGUUGAAGCAAGACUUCAGUGAAAAAAAUAAUUAUUUUUAAUUA